UUAAGUGAUGUACUAUUAUAGCACAGCUUUAAUACCCCCAGAUUGCAUAGUGCACUUGGACGCGGCUAGUUUUUCAGUGCCAAUAGACAUGGUCACACCGCGGGAAUCACCAAAGAAACUAGAUUACGCUGAAUCAUCUCCAGAUAACACCAAGGCUACUUCUACUUAUGAAACCUGCGCCAUUUGUCGCAAACGGUUGUUGACUUCCGAAAUGUCAGAGUUUGUCCACGACCUACAUGCCAUGUGCAAAGAAUGCUUCCUGAGCAGAAUCAAAAGCACCACUCGCUACCCUGUGCCCUGUCCAUAUCCAGGGUGUGACAGUAGCAUGGAUAACAGAGAAGUGGAGUACAAUUUGACUAAGAAGGAUUUCGAAAAACUGAAAGAGGGGCAGUUUGUCACUGUGGACUGCGCCACUCCAGGGUGCAUCGGCUGCGUUUCUUCUAACAUUCCAGAAUUGAAAGAAAUAAAAUGUCCCAAGUGUGGAAUAACAACUUGUAUGAUCUGCCGGAACCGCCACUUUGGAAGACCGUGCAUGGUCCCGUCGAGCAGGGCAAGAAUCUCGACUGAUUCCUUAAAACUGCUCAUGCAGGUGAAGAGAGAUCCUACCUACCUACUGCUCCCAGGUGAAUCACGAUACAUAAAGCAACAUGUGAUUACGUGCAAGACGACCGAAUGCGGCGGGUGGUGUUUCUCAGAUCAAAAGGAGAUUGGAAAUUUCGAGUGUCCAAUCUGCAAAAAUUACACCUGUAUUUCCUGUGAUAUGCAACACUAUCCUUUCACGUGUGAACAAGUUCAAUUGUUAGUACCGGAACCAAGCGUGAGCAUGGAAGAAUGGAAAGAGAUGCUAAUAGAAAACAUAAAUUAUACCUCCAAAUUAGAAGAGGAAGUCAAGCGAAUGGUGUCAACUUUUAUUUGGUUGACUGAAGAUGUGAAAAGAGCCAAUAAUGACCAGGAGAUUUCGGCAUUGCUAGAGCAGAGACUGUUUGUGAGGUAUCGUCUGCUAGACAUGACAGGAACAGAUCCGAUUAACUUCAUGUGGUAUAAUUCCUACCUCGUCGUCCGAAGUUGUGUCAAGAAUUCAAAUAAAGUGAGGACUCUCAAGGUUCAAGCGCCGCAUCCAUCAAAUGAUGAAGAUAUGGACCAACAUUAUGAGCGUUCUUACAUGGAAUGUUUUCGGCUCGUAUUGGAGGAAAAUGUGAAUGCUGAGAAGUUGUAUCAAAGUUUGAAUGCAGGACCAGCUCAGGUUCGAAUAGUUGCUGCCUUUCACCACUGGAACAUGGAGCUGGAAAACAGAUUCAAAUUGGAAAAACUGAAUUUGCAAUGUCAAUAUGGCGUGGACAGCGAAGAAGCGGCAGAGUCAUGGCUGUAUCAUGGAACCACUGCUGACAAUAUUCACUCUAUUUUUGAAGACAAUUUCAAAUUGGACCGAAUUCGCUCUGGAGCUUUUGGAUGGGGAAUAUAUUUUGGGGAGCUACCCCAGACUGCCAUGUUUUAUGCCCAUUCGCGAGACCAACGCCAAAAAGAAGUUCUCAACGUCGUUUUAUGCAAAGUGUUAAAAGGAAAAAGCUCAGUUGAUGACUUUGGCUGUUGUAAGGGAUCUAGGAAUGCUUUGCAGAUGUUUCAAUUUGGCGGAAGUUAUUGGACGAGUGCAAUUAGUUCACAAGACACUUUCUGUGACUCACAUUAUGUCCCCAAAUGUAAAUAUGUAGUAAUUUUCAAUCCAGACCGUAUUUUGCCGAUGUACGAACUUCAAAUCAAACUGAACCGGAAAGAAUAGGCUCUUUUUCUUCCAUUGCGUAAAAGCCGUUAGGAAAGUAGCAAGCUCUCAAAAAGAUCACGCUUUUUUAUUUUAUCUAACAAAACGAACUCGAGUAAGCUAGUUGUCUUUUCGCAUUAUGGUUUUUUCUUAACUGAUGUGUUUUGUUUUUACUUUUGAAUACGGAGAAUACAUUUAAUAUUACUUAACAAUGCUUGUGAACAUUGAU